AUGUCUGGGCCCACUUUGCUACUGCUCAGUGUGGACACAGCCUCCGAGGAUGGGGUGGAAGAUGGGGCGCUGCUGGACACGGCACUUAAUGUUACAGAGGUGAGGGUGGACACGGCAGAUGAUAAUGAUGAUGAGAACGGCAGGGAGGAUGACGUAGACGAAGAUGUAGUCGAGGAUAAUGAAGAAACAGAUGAUGAUGAUGACGAUGACGACGACGAUGACGAUACAGGGUUUUGCGAUGACUUCUGCAGAGCUGCUGUGGAGGCUUUUGUGAUGGUGACUGAGGAGGUGGAAGGUAAAGAGGGCAAGGAAGGCAAGAGCAGAGGCUUGUCCACCUCCAUCUUUUCCUCGGCUUCACCACCCGGGUUUGUUGAUGCUAUGGAUGUGGGACCUGCAGGAGGGAAUCACAAAAAAAAAUCUUAA